UUCCAUGACUCCUAGCCACAUCCUGCUGCCUGCUCCAGGCACAAUAAACUUACAGAUCUUCCUGUGUUAGCAUUAGGGAUCAGGGAAGGUGUUCUGAGCUUUGCUACGCGAGAACUGAUAUUGGAUCAGAAUGAGCUGGAGUUUUUUGACCCGUCUCCUUGAGGAGAUCAACAACCACUCCACGUUUGUGGGAAAAGUAUGGCUGACUGUUCUCAUCAUAUUUCGAAUUGUGUUGACUGCAGUCGGUGGCGAGUCUAUAUACUAUGAUGAACAGAGCAAGUUUGUAUGUAACACGCAUCAGCCUGGGUGUGAAAAUGUUUGUUACGAUGCUUUUGCACCUCUAUCUCAUGUCCGAUUCUGGGUUUUCCAAAUUAUUCUUAUUACCACUCCUUCCAUCAUGUACUUGGGUUUUGCAAUGCAUCGGAUUGCACGACAGCCUGAAGAGAUUCGUCGUAACCAAGAAAGCGGCAAUAGCAGCCGCAAGAAACGAGCUCCAGUGGUGCACCGUGGUGCUAUGAGAGAUUAUGAGGAGAAAGAAGAUAACAAUGAAGAAGAUCCUAUGAUCUGUGAGGAGGUGGAACCUGAGAAGGAUGUUGAGGCAGCCAAGAAGAAGGCGCAGCAUGAUGGCCGGAAGCGCAUCAAACAAGAUGGUCUGAUGAGAUGCUAUGUAUUGCAGCUGAUUGUGCGUUCUGCUCUGGAAGUAGGCUUUCUUAUGGGCCAGUAUGUUCUGUAUGGGUUUGAGGUGAUCCCAUUCUAUGUGUGUACUCGCAAGCCCUGCCCCCACACUGUAGACUGCUUUGUGUCUCGUCCCACUGAGAAAACCAUUUUCCUACUAAUUAUGUAUGCAGUCAGUGCCCUCUGUUUGUUGCUGAACCUGUGUGAACUUUUCCACCUUGGGAUUGGUGGCAUUAGAGAUUCUUGGCGGAAACGUUCCUUGUCUGCUAAGAGUCCACAAUAUUCUAAGAAAACACCCAGUGCGCCUCCAAAUUAUCACUCUGUACUGAAGAAAAGCAAAGUGCCCAAUGGCAAGCUAGUAUUCCCAGACAAUGGAAGAUCGGAGGCUUUUGAAUUAUCCGUACCACAUCGUGCAGAAAAUGAGCUGGACCGCCUGCGACAACAUCUAAAGAUGGCCCAGGAGCACCUUGACCUGGCUUUUCAAUUGAACCCUUCUGUUGAUACAGCCAAUGCGUCACGGAGCAGCAGUCCUGAGUCCAAUAGCAUUGCUGCAGAACAGAACCGACUGAACCUUGCUCAGGAGAAGGGAGGAGGUGGUUUUAAGAAAGCUGGCUUGUGAUCUUCAGAGAACAGGGGUGGGU